ACAACCAGAUCUGGAAACUGGAGAGAGACCAAGAACCUAAUGGAGCCACAGGAUUCAUCAUCCGGAAGUGAUUUGGAGACUUAUGAUGGUAUUGGAGAAAUGAAGAUUAGAUUGCCGCCUCAAGGAUUCAACCAUCUGUUGGGCAAUUAUGAUGAUAUUGAUGAUGAUGAUGAUAUUGAUGAUGAUGUUGUUGAAGAAAUGGCGAUGGAAUGGAAGCCUCCAGCAUCCAAAUCUCUGUUCACGAGAAGUGAUUCGUUAAAUGUUUUACCCCCAGAUAAUCAACCAGGACCCUCAGACACAAAACAGAAGAGGGGUCAUAUGGAGGAGCAGCCGUCCUGCUGUACUGUGUGUCGGGACCUGCUGAAGGACCCAGUCUCUACCAGCUGUGGACACUGGCUCUGCAGACAGUGUGCUUCCUCAUACCAAGGACAGUCUGGUUCAUCAGGUGACUCCCCCUGUCCUCAGUGUGGAGAAACAUCCAGAACAGGACAUGGACCUGAGGCAGCCAGUCAGACCAGUCCUGAACGAAUGAGAGGCGGUCUCCAUGAGGUUUUGGAUGACCAUAAGAUCAGCCUGACGAGGAGAUGUGAACGUGUGACUGAAGGCGGCGAUAAAACAGGAUGCAGAACCCUCUUAAACAGGAUCUACACAGAGCUCUACAUCACAGAGGGACAGAAUGAAGAGGUGAACACCCAACAUGAAGUGAGACAGUUUGAGACAGCUUCCAAAAGGAAGAUCAUCCAUGACACACCAAUCAAGUACCAUGAGAUCUUUAAAGCCCUCCCUGACCAACAGAAACCCAUCAGAGUGGUUCUGACAAAUGGCGUCGCUGGUGUUGGAAAAACCUUCACGGUGCAGAAGUUCACUCUGGACUGGGCAGAGGGUUUGGAAAACCAGGACAUCAGUCUGCUGAUUCUGCUGUCAUUCAGAGAGAUGAACUUGAUCAGAGAUAAGCGCUACAGUCUUCUGGAACUGCUCCAUGUUUUCCAUCCAACAUUACAGAAGAUCAGAGCAGAGACGCUGGCUGUCUGUAAACUCUUGUUCAUCUUUGACGGCCUGGAUGAAAGCAGACUGUUGUUGGAUUUCAACAUCAGUAAGGUUGUUUCUGAUAUCACACAGAAGUCAUCAGUUAAUGUGCUGUUAAUAAACCUCAUCAAGGGGAAUCUGCUUCCUUCAGCUCUCAUCUGGAUAACUUCUCGACCUGCAGCAGCCAAUCAGAUCCCUCCUUCAUGUGUGGACAGGCUAACCGAAGUCCGAGGUUUCACUGACACCCAGAAGGAGGAGUACUUCAGGAGGAGGUUCACUGAUGAUCUGUCCAGCAGAAUCAUCUCCCACAUCAAGACAUCCAGGAGCCUCCACAUCAUGUGUCUGAUCCCAGUCUUCUGCUGGAUCACUGCUACAGUUCUGGAGAACAUGAUGAGCACAGAGCAGAGAGGAGAGCUGCCCAAGACCCUGACUGACAUGUACUCACACUUCCUGUUGGUUCAGACAAAGAGGAAGAGGCAGAAGUAUGAUGGGGAACAUGAGACCAGUCCACAGGAGCGGUUGGAGGCUGAAAGAGAAGUUCUUCUGAAGUUGGGGAGGCUUGCAUUUGAACAUCUGGAGAACGGAAACCUAAUGUUCUAUGAAGAAGACCUGGAGCGCUGUGGUCUGGAUGUCACAGAGGCCUCAGUGUUAUCAGGAGUUUGCACAGAGAUCUUCAAAAGAGAGACUGGGAUCUUCCAGAAAACAGUCUACUGCUUUGUUCAUCUGAGUGUUCAGGAGUUUCUGGCUGCAGUCUACAUGUUCCACUGUUUUACCAACAGGAACACAACAGUACUGGAGGCUUUUCUUGGAGAAAACCUGUCGGGUUCAACUCUGGAUGUUCUCCUUAACAGAACAAUGAUGAAAGCGCUAAGAAGUAAGAAUGGCCACCUGGAUCUGUUUGUUCGCUUCCUUCAUGGACUGUCGCUGGAGGCAAACCAGAGACUCUUAGGAGGCCUGCUGGGUAGGACAGACAGCAGUCCAGAAUUGAUCCAACGAGUCAUCAACAACCUGAAGAAGAUGAAUAGUUAUAAUAUCUCUCCUGACAGAAGCAUUAACAUCUUCCACUGUCUGAUGGAGAUGAACGACCUCUCGGUGCAUCAGGACAUCCAAGAGUUCCUUAAGUCAGGGAGCAGACCUGAGGAGAGGCUCUCUGAGAUCCACUGCUCUGCUCUGGCCUACAUACUGCAAAUAUCAGAGGAGGUUUUGGAUGAGUUAGACCUGGAGAAGUAUAAGACAACAGAGGAGGGAAGAAGGAGAUUAAUUCCGGCUGUAAGGAAUUGCAGAAAGGCUCGACUGUCUAGCUGUGGUCUAUCAGAGACUCACUGUGAGGUCGUGGCCUCAGCUCUGAAGUCCAACCCUUCUCAUCUGAGAGAGCUGGAGCUGAGCUUCAAUGAGCUGCAGGAUUCAGGAGUAAAGCUGUUGUGUGCUGGACUGGAGAAUCCAAACUGCCAGCUGGAGACUCUGAGGCUGAGUCGCUGCUUUCUGACAGAGAUCAGCUGUUCUUACCUGGCCUCGGCUCUGAGGACCAACCCCUCCCAUCUGAGACAGCUGGAGCUGAACUACAACAAGCUGCAGGAUUCAGGAGUGAACCUAUUGUGUGACUUUCUGCAGAGCUGGAAAUGCGAACUGGAGACUCUGAGAUUGAGCCGCUGCAGUUUGUCUGAGGUCAGCUGUUCUUCUCUGGUGUUAGCUCUGAAGGUCAACCUCUCCCACCUGAGAGAGCUGGAGCUGAGCUACAACAAUCUGCAGGAUUCAGGAGUGAAGCUGCUGUGUGGUUUCCUGCAGAAUCCAACCAGCAGACUGGAGACUCUGAGGCUAAGUGGAUGCAGAUUGUCAGAGUCUAGCUGUUCCACUCUGGCCUCAGCCUUAAACUCCAACCCCUCCCAUCUGAGAGAGCUUGACCUAAGCUACAACAACGACUUGCAAAAUUCAGGAAUGAAGCUGCUGUGCAAUUAUCUGCAAAGCCAGAAAUGCAAACUGGAAAUUCUGAGAUUGAAGAACUGCAGUCUGGGAAAAAAGAGUUGCUCUUCUCUGGCCUCAGCUCUGAAGGCCAACCCCUCCUAUCUAAGAGAGCUGGACCUGAGCAGGAACAAACUACAGGAUUCAGGAGUGAAUUUGCUGUGUGGUUUUCUGCAGAGUUCAAAGUGUGAACUGGAAACUCUGAGACUGAGUGGCUGCAGGUUGACAAAUAUCAUCUGCACUUACCUGGCCUCAGCUCUGAAGUCAAACCCUUCCCACAUGAGAGAGCUGGUCCUGAGUGAAAACAGCCUGCAGGAUGAGGGAGUGAGGCUUCUCUAUGAACUUGUGCAGAGUCCACACUGCAGACUAGAAACUCUGAGGAUUAAGGGAGAGUGGGUCACAGCUGAUGACCAUGAAAAAUCUCACAAUCCUAAUGUCACAUCACUCCUGUCAAGCGACAUCAGUGACAAACAGGAUGAGAAGGAAAAGCUUCACCAGCCUAAUGAUGAUAAAGAGGCUUUGCUGUCCUUCUUACCUGAACAGACUAACUCUUCAUACAGGUUCAGGUGUCCUGGUCAAGGUUUUUUCCAGUGUGCUUUGACUGGACUGGUGUUUGUUACAACAAAGGAGGUGGAGCUUCAGUACAGGACUGUCCAAUGGGAUGAGAGCCUCCUCCAAUCAGCCGGCAAGAAGGCUGCAGGGCCGCUGUUCGACAUCCAUGGUCCUAAGGAGGCUGUGUGUCAGCUCCACUUCCCACACUGUGAAUCAAAGGAAGCGUUGCUUGUUGAUGACCUGUUGUCAGUCAUCCACAUCAAUGAUGAUGGAAUGAGCUUCUUAAAGCCACUUGAGAUCACAGAUACUCACGUGGUUGUGAGUGUCCCUCACCUGUCUGCCUUCGGCCUGGUCUGGGAUUAUGUUCAAAGGUUUGUGGGAUUUUUCAAGCCAGUAGAGGGCCUAGUCCUGCUGUUCCUCCGACCUCCCAGCACAAGAAAUCAAGUGCUUGAUGUGUUUCUGGUGCCAGAAAACAUUGACAUGAACAAGCUUGUUGAACAACAAGAAGGAGCUAUGAAGAUCAAGACCUCUUCUAAUUGUCCUCUCAACUUCGGUGAAAACUGCAGCGUCUGCUGUGAACCUGAGGGUUUCAAAAUACAGCCUGAGCAUGCAACAUUUCACUUAAAGUAUGGACCAAAUUUUUUCCCAACAUUUGAAGUUUUCCUCACUGCAGACCAAGAGGCAGUGACUCUGAUAAUCCAGGACCAAGACGGGACAGGGGUCUGGAAACGUCAUGUGUUGCUGACAGGUUCAAGAAGACUAACUCUGCAGAGCAUCGUUCCAGCAGAGGACAGGGUUCCUGCAGAGGAGAGCGUUUCUGCAGAGGAGAUGCUGCGAUCAGUUAGGACUCAGUUAAUUUCCAGCGUCACUGAUCCUGUUCUGAACCAGCUUCUGGACAAACUGCUGGAGAGUGGUGUUAUAAUCAACGAAGAAAAAGAUUGGCUUAUGACCAAAGUCAGAGCAGACAGGGCAAGAAAUGUGAUCGACAUGGUACAAAAGAAGGGACCAACAGCUAGCUCUGUCCUGAUUGCAGCUCUUCGUGAUAUCGAUCCAUGGCUCUGCAGAGAGCUGAACUUACGAUGAAGAAAAAGCGAAACCUGUGGGAUGUGAUGUUGUGAAAGGCCAGCUGUUUUACAGUUGAACAAUUCUAGGUGUGGGCGUUAAAUGGGAACUUUGUGGCUCAAUCUAUGGAUGCACAUUUGACAGAGGUGCUUGAAAAACAUAGACUCAUGUCAGAAUUGUAUAAAGUAUGAUGCAUCUGGUUGUAGAUGUUUUGACUGAUGACUUGUUGCUCUAUGAAAUGGAUUUGUUUGAUUUCUGUUUGUAAUAGUUUCUCUGUUCUAUGUCUGUAACUCGGUGAUUGUGUUGCUGCUGGUCUUGGCCAGGACACUCUUGUAAAUGAGAUGCUUUAUCUCAGUGAGGUUCUCCUGGUUAAAUAAAUUUAACCCUCAGAGCUCACGUGGCACGGAUCCAUGUCGCAGGCACAUUUCUUUAUAAAUCCUUUUGUAAUGUUUGAACCGUAGGUCGUAGACACUUCAUUUUUUUAAUUUGAAAACUCUCCGUUGUGUCUUUCUGAUUAUGUCCUCCAAUGAUUCUUAGCUCUUACAGAACAUGUUCCAGUGACCCCUGAACUUGGCUGACAUAAGUCAGCAUCAUAAGACACUCUUGUUUUUCCUCAGAAAGCUGACCUUCUUGUCAUUUGUUUGCUACCCUCGAUAUCUCCAUAGCUCUGAAGGAUGCUGUUCUAGCAAGCCCAGAACUUCGGUGACUUUUUGGGGUCUCUACAGAUUGAAUCCCCGGGGUUAGAUCUGAUAAUAAGUGUCUUUUUAUCAAUUUUUAAUCUAUUUUUGAUCAUUUACUUAGGCUUUUUGCCCAGAGCAUCGCUGUGUUGUUUACCGCAAUGCACUGUGGGAGUUGCAGUCAACCAGUUGCGUCUUUACUGCCUAGAGGAAUGGCACAAAUGAAUCUAAUUGCAAAGAAGCACAUGGACUUUUCUUUGUAUCUAUGUAGAUAUUUUAAAAACUGUAAGUCACAAAAUGUUUGUUUUUUCACAGUUGUGUUCCAAAGAGAAGGGAGAACAACUCUGUUCAAAGAAAAGGCUCAGUC